UUGGUCUAUCGGGAAUUAAGAUGGGUUAUUAUUGUACCGUGCCACAAUGCACCUCGCUCGCCGGCAAGACGAAGAACGUGAAGUUCCACCGUUUUCCUCGUGAUGUGAUAAUGGCAGACAAGUGGAAUUUAAUACUAAAACGCGGCAAACCGUACACGAAAUACUCAAAAGUUUGCAGUCUACACUUCACCCAAGCUGACUACAACGUCACAACAAUGGGUCAAUGGAAGACAUUGUCGAAGGACGCGGUUCCGUCGCAGAACCUGCCCAAGUUGAACCCCGACGGCACAGUGAUGGUUAUAAGGAAGAGUCGCACGGUCAAAUACAAGGAGAGCAAAAAGGAUGAUCAAAGCAUCGGUGACAAAGUCGAGAAAUGGUCAAGUAUGAGUCAAACGGCACUGUCGAUGAACGCGGACGGACUGCCGCAGGAACAACAAGACAACAACCUAGUAUAUCCUCUGCAAGCGUUAAACUCGAUAGCAAACAACAUGACACAGCCACAGAGCACACCACAGAAUCAGAUACAGAAUCAAAUGAAACCAAAAAAACAGGACGCGAUAAUGCAAACCGACCCCGUGCUCUCCGAGGAAGACGACAAUCCGCAGACCUACAGCGAGUCAGAGAAGUCUGUGAACCCGGAAAUGGACUACGGUCAGUUCAAAGAAUCGUACGACCCCGAGCUGAAUAAAUACGACAUGCCGAAGGACUUCUCGAAGCUGGCCGACGACUACAUCCCGCAGACGAACGAGGAAUACAACAAGGAGGCCGAGAAAUAUGCCCUCGAAAGGAAAUCCCAUAACAGCUACGACAAAAUCGAUUACCAGAAAUCGGUGCUCGAGAACGGUUACCCUAAGAUACAGGACGUAUACAACGGCUACUUGGAGAAGGAGUACCAGAACCGACCGGACUUCGUGUACCAGAGCCCGUACCAGGAUAGCGUCGAGAUACUCCGGAACCAACAGCACAAUCUGCAGGUAUUGCAGGAACAGCACAGGAUCAACGAGAAUCAGAACUUCUUUAACGUGAAUCAUAUAAAGCAGGAAAUAGAUUUCGGCAACGAAGAGGACAAGUUCAUAUAUGAACAGAAUAAAGAGCAAAUCGACCAAAACGCGAUGUACGACAGUCAAAGGCGAGUCAUCGAACAACAGAGGAUCUUGGAACAGAUACAGCAUCAAGUGAAGCAGGAACCUGAUACUCCCAACAGUUGCGACAACGUGCUGCAGCCGCAGAGCAGCCCGUACUACUCGCCGGCGGGCGCGGCGGGCGCGGGCGGCGCGGGGGGCGCGGGCGGCGCGGGCGGCGCGGGGGGCGCGGGCGGCGCGGAGGGCAGCGCGCGGCCCGGCCCCGAGCUGCUCAUCGCCAAGCAGAACGCACUCGCCGCGCACACGCAGCUCUGGCAAAAUACGAUGAAACGGCCGUUCUUUUACAGCGAGAGUCCGCAUUACAACUCGUCCCAACACCUGCAUCGAUAUGAGGUGAGGAACGAUGAUUUAAGCAGAAUCCUACAAUGAUGAGAGACAUUCCAAAGUUGAUGAUGAAAGUAAUAAUAUAAUUGAAUAAAAUUAUUAUAUUGUAAGCGACGAUAAUCUCUCGGUGUUUCUUUUUUUUUAAAAAAAAGUUUGUUUAAUUUUUUAUAUACAUAUAUAUUAUGUGUAAAUUGUAAAUAAAUUUUAUUUUAUAUCAUAUAUUGUAUUAUAUGACAUUUAAAGCAA